GCAUAUUUUUCCUUGAGGAAGGGUACCAAGUUAAAGGUUAUUUUUAUAUAGUAACUAGUACUAAAACUGUGGGUUAUUUUUAUUUUACUUAACAGUGUUCGAAUGAAACUUUUGCAACUGUUUUAUUGUGAUAGCCAGAAUAAGCUUGUAAUAAAAUUAUAAUGUCAGACACUAUUGUUGAAAUAGAACAAGGGAAGUUAAAGGGAAAAUUAUGUGAAACCCCAGAUAAAUAUAAGUUUUUUACCUUUAAAAGUAUUCCAUAUGCUAAACCCCCGCUUGGAGAUUUAAGAUUUUCCGCACCUGUUCCACCUGAAUCAUGGGAAGGAAUCAGAGAUGCAACGAUAGAUUGCAAUGUAUGUAUUCAAUUUGAUAGAGGAGCUGGAGGGGUAUUCGGCGAUGAAGAUUGCCUAUAUUUAAACGUGUUCACUCCUAAAUUACCAUCUGCUGGUAGCAAUCUUCUUCCUGUUAUGGUAUUUAUACACGGAGGAGGUUUUCUAUUUGGAAAUGGAACGGACGAAAAGACGUACGGCCCAGAUUAUUUAGUGCAAACAGAUAUUGUCGUAGUGUCUUUUAACUAUCGUCUUGGAAUCCUUGGCUUCUUAUCUCUGAAUUGCAAGGAUGCAACAGGCAAUAUGGGCAUGCGAGACCAAGUGGAGGCACUUAAAUGGGUACAAAAAAAUAUUGAGAAAUUCGGUGGAGAUCCAAAAAAUGUGACCAUAUUUGGUUUUAGUGCAGGCGCUGCCUCCGUUGAAUAUUUGAUCCUAUCCCGUAUGGCAAAUGGACUGUUUCACAAAGCUAUUGCACAAUCCGGUUCAACCUUACUACCGUGGGCUCUUAAUAACGACAUAAAACAGCUAGCAUAUAAAAUUCCUGCAAACAUCUCUAAGACAAUAAAAAACGACGAAGAACUCCUUAAAUAUCUUAAAGACAUGCCGAUAAAAGAACUAAUAUUACUAUCAAUAAAAGUUGUAUAUUCAGAACAAGCUCGGGGAGGUAUUUAUUUUGGCUUUGUGCCAACAAUCGAAGAAAAGUCUGAAUGGGAGACUUUUUUGGACGAAAAACCAUAUGAUUUGCUAGCGAAAGGAAAAUUUAACAAAGUGCCACUUAUAGCAGGAUUUUGCUCUCGAGAAGGACUUAUUAUGGCUCCCAUAGGUCCACAGAAAUUAGAAAAACUGGUAAAGGAAAAAAACUUCUCUGAUUACAUUCCAUUUGCGAUUCCGGAAGAGGACAAAACAAACGUGGAUGUAAAACUUAAUAACAUUUAUUCUGAAAUCAAACCCGAAUAUGGCGAAACAGACACCUUAGCUAUAGACUUCUUCACAGAUGUUGAUUUCUUUGGAGGUGCAUAUGUAGCCACGUCGUUGAUUGCUAAACAUAGUUCUCCCGUUUAUUUUUACGAAUUUUCUUACGACGGAGGCUUGAACUACUUGAAGAAAAAGUACGAUAUAAAUAGGAAAGGGGCCUGCCACGGGGACGAUGGUGGAUAUGUCAUUAGAUGUGAAGCAAUUCUCGGAAAAAAUGCCUCAAAAUCUGAUGAAUUGGUUCGAAGUAGGAUAGUUGAAAUGUGGACAAACUUUGCCAAACACGGGGAUCCCACACCAAAGACCGAUGAUUUAAUUACCACGAAAUGGGAGCCAGCAUCAGAAAAAGGAUUACUUUAUAUGAAUAUAAGUGAAAAUCUGUCUAUGAAAACUGAAUCUGAUUUGUACCCUUCAAGGGCUAAAUUGUUUGCGGAGCUUUAUGCCAAAUACAAUAAAAUUUGAUUAUGAUUUCUUAUAAACAAAGCACAAUGCCUUACUUACGUAUUUGCAUGGUCUUUUCCACGAAGAGGUACAAAUUUGUUAAAGCCAC